AUGCCCACCUAUCUCACCCGCGAGAACGCCCCCGUCUACUCGCCAAAUUCCGACUUUCUGGAUCUCGACCCAAACAACACGCUAGAUCUGUCUGGCCACAAGCACCCAAUUGACGGGCUCUCCCAUACUUUACCCCUUCGCCCAUCGCGCUCAAACAAUCUCCAUGAUAGCUUCGACGAAAGCUCAACCUCAUCAACCCACGCCUCGGACGUCUCUGAUUCCAUCCCCACUCAGAUGAAUGGGACGAGGCCGACUAGCAUGAGCUCGCUGCCCAACGGCUCGGCAGGGGCCGGAGGAGGCCCAGACUUUGAUUAUCACGACCACGACUCUCAUCACCACGACCAGUACAACGAUUACAAGAAUCAAAAGCACCCUCUACAAAAUGGACACACCGUUACCAUGCCCGACCGGACAGCUCCGCCGCCCCCCAUUACUAUUAUCAAGAAGCCAUCUUCCGAUACGGAGCAAUCGAGUCCGACGGAUAACUAUCUCACGCCGCCUUCAAUUGGAUCGCCAGCGGCCGGAUCCAUCGAUCAUGCUAUAAAAACAAACGGGACCAGCAGUCCCAAUUAUGCACCUCCAGCAAUACCCUCCCAAGGUAAACUUGCCAACGGCCACACAACGCCUGUGCCAGCAGCCAGCAACGCGUCGCUGUCCCCAGAUCCCAUCGCCAAUAACCAACCGGCAUCACCGCAACGCUUCUCUUCUCCACCGCUUUAUCAAUCUGGUGGCGCUACCCCCAACGGAUCAACAUCAACGGGGCUGCAACCGCCCAACGGCGGACUCAAGCAUCGGCAUACGCUCGAAGUCCCAGGUACCCAAUCCAACCGCGCCUCCAAGGAUGGCUCCGACACGGGCUUCUCCAGCGGUCGCUUCUCUCCCACAAGCACCACGCAAAGAGUGCGUAGGGCGUCCCUUAAUCUGGUGCGGAGAGAUACCCGCUCCAUGCAAUCCGAUGUACCGCGUGACGAGGUGGUACCCGACGAAGAAGCCCUGCGUUGGGCCGAGCAUUAUCGACAAAAGCGGGCGAGCAAGAGGAAGAGAAAGGAAGAGGAGGAUGACGAUAGAGUCUUGGUCGGCACAAAGGUCGACGAACAUCACACCAACUGGGUCACCGCCUAUAACAUGUUGACAGGCAUCCGUGUUUCCGUGUCCCGCACGAACGCGAAGCUCGACCGGCCCCUUACGGAUGCCGACUUUGAGGCGAAGCAGAAGUCGACUUUUGACAUUGCCGGAAACGAGUUGGUGCCCUCGGCGAAGUACGAUUUCAAAUUUAAGGAUUAUGCGCCUUGGGUCUUUCGACAUUUACGCGGCCUGUUUCGCUUGGAUCCCGCAGACUACCUCAUGUCUCUGACGGGCAAGUAUAUUCUGUCUGAACUGGGUUCUCCUGGAAAGAGUGGUAGCUUCUUCUACUUCUCCAGAGACUACAAGUACAUCAUCAAGACCAUUCAUCACGCCGAGCACAAGUUCCUCCGCAAGGUCCUCAAGGACUACUACCACCACGUCACCGAAAACCCAAAUACGCUGCUCUCUCAAUUCUACGGUCUUCACCGAGUCAAGAUGCCCUACGGAAAGAAGAUUCACUUCGUAGGAUCUACGAUUGGCCGCGACUAUAAGGAAGACGACCUGGACAAGAACCCUCGGGCGACGCUGAAGGACCUCAACUGGAUGCGCAGACAACGAAACCUCGAGCUAGGCAUCCAGAAAAAGAAGCUUUUCCUGGAGCAGCUGCAAAAGGAUGUGGUCUUGAUGAAGAAGCUCAAAAUCAUGGACUACUCUUUGUUGAUUGGUAUCCACGAUUUGCAGCGCGGAAACGAGGAAAAUCUUCGUGGAAAGACGCUUCAGGUCUUCAACCCCGGCGGCGAGCAAGAAGAUGGCGAGCCGCCAUCAGUUCUGUUGCGAACACCUUCCAAACUGGAGAAUGCUCGUAAGGCACGGGAGCUGCGCAACAUGAUCAGGCACGAGCGGCCACAGUCGGGAUACAUCUUCAACCAGGAUGAUGGUGGAUUCCAGGCGACCCACGAGGAUAACUCUCCAGCCGACGAGAUCUACUACCUGGGUGUCAUUGACUGCCUGACUCACUACGGAAUGAUCAAAAAGAUUGAGCACUUCUGGAAGGGAUUGACAAGCGACAAGACCAAGAUUUCCGCUCUGCCCCCUGAACAGUAUGGCGACCGAUUCUACAACUUCGUCGAGGGUAUAACAAUGUCCCCGAAGAGGCGAUUAAGGAGAAGAUUCGGAAGGACCAGGAGCAGAUCGAGGCCGCCGCGGCUGCGGAGAGACAGCGCGUUGCUAGUUGGAGUUCGAGUAUGCGCCGGCGGUCGGGGACGAACAAUAUUCCCCCGAUGCCCGACUACCGGCCUCCGCCAACCCCGCCUAGCGCUCCAAUGUCACCCGAAGCACGCGAGACCGUCGAGCGAGCCCAACAAGAUGCCCGAAGGGUCCGAGAGACACGGCGCCUCCGAGCUCAACGUCCCGGACGUCGUUCUAUCGACUACAAAGAUGAAUGAACGACGAGAAUCGGGUGGCCAAGGGGCUCCUAUCUUGCCUGUAGUCGAAGAGGCAGGAGAGGCUUCAGACGGGGCAGCGAGUCGGGAUGGGGAUGACUAUCGACCGGCUACACCAGCCAAGCCUGGUAUGGAGAGUAGAUUCGCCGGACUCAGGGAUUACGCGCCGCCGACGCCGCCGAAAGGCCAUCAUCUGAAGCCCGAAAGCCAAGACAGCGGCUACGGGGCGCUGCCGAACGGGAACGGUUCCACGAUGAGCAGAGAAGACUCUCUUAAUAUCAAGCCUCGCCUUAGUAAGACUCGCUCGACAAGGCCUUGCCCCCACUACCAAAGGAGGCGGGCGGGCAGAGCAGCUUCCGCAUGGGCCUUGCUUAGGGCGCAAGCCGCCUCUUGCGGAACAACAGCAGACGAAUUCGUGUUGUUAGGAGUACGAGUGGGAGCAGUGGCGAUGUAG